AUGUUCACUGGCAAGAAGGUCCACAUCACCUCAUGCUGGAUUUCCUAUUUCCCGCCGCUUGUACUCUACAAGUACCCCAUCGUCGGCUACUUCCACUACGACGACGUUAAAUGGGAUCGUCUUGAGAACAUCCAGCCCAGAGACAAUCUCGGGAACGGUGGCAAUGCGCCCCAGUGUCUUGACCGCGGUGAAGAUGACGAUGAACAGCCCAAGCGAACUGCCUUCCCCCCGCUAUCGAAGGCCUUCGCGCCACCUGGAACCGGCCGGUCUUCAAUGGGCGGUCGGCAUGAAUACCCCACUAUUCCGGCUCCAGUCCCGGUUCUGAAGCAGGAAGCCACCGCAAAGGAGUCUUCAGGCGCGGUCUGCAAGAUUCCUGCCCUUGCCGAGCCGACUCAGUCAUAUGGCUCUUACACAGCACUGACCACCAAGGAUGAUGGUACUGAUGAGGAGGAAGACGAUGAUGAACAGUGGGGUGUUUAA